AAAAAAAAAAAAAAAUGUAAGGGCUGCGAAUAGGAUCUGUUGAGGUUGAAACCUUCGACGGUUCGUGCGGCCUGUCUACAGGACUAUACCCUAACAAUCUGCGGAAGCAUAAACCCUCAUCAAAGUUGGCGAUUGACUUGAAUCAAUUAGCGAACUUUGAGUCUGUGAAAGAUGAAUCCGUUAACCCUAGUGAAGCGCAUUCAGAAUAUCAAUUCCAAAGAAGCUUCUCUGGGAAUCAGCGAGGAAGCUUCGUGGCACGCCAAAUACAAAGAUUCCGCUUAUGUAUUUGUGGGUGGCAUUCCCUUCGAUCUGACUGAGGGUGAUCUCCUCGCAGUUUUUGCUCAAUAUGGGGAGGUUGUUGAUGUUAAUCUUGUUAGGGACAAAGGCACUGGGAAAUCAAAAGGUUUUGCAUUUCUUGCAUAUGAAGAUCAAAGAAGCACAAAUCUUGCUGUAGAUAAUCUGAAUGGAGCACAGAUUUUGGGUAGAAUCAUAAGGGUUGAUCAUGUUACUAAAUAUAAAAAGAAUGAAGAGGAAGAUGAAGAGACAGAGAGGCAGAAAAGGGAGGAACGUGGUGUUUGCAGAGCUUUCCAAAAAGGUGAAUGUACUCGUGGAGCUAGCUGCAAAUUUUCUCAUGAUGAGCAAAGAGCUGCUAACACAGGUUGGGGGGCCCCCGAGGAUGCUGGUUCAAAGUGGGGUCAUGACAAAUUUGAUGGUCACAAAAAAGAAAAGAAAUAUGGCAACAGUCAAUCGAAUCAUAUUCCAGAAACCAGAGAUAGAAAUUUACAUUCCAGGGCCCUGGGCAAUGAGAUAGGAUUAGGCAACAACCCAAAGCAAAGUGAUAAGAGAGAGAAGAUAUUGCAUAGGUAUGAUGAUGAUAAAUUUGAGGGAAAAGAACAUGAUCAUAGAAGAGAGAAGAGAUCAAGAAGGCAUGAAGAUGAUGAAUUUGUGUCUAGGUCAGGAGAAGAUCGUGAUAGAAGGGUUGAUAAACAAUUGAGAAGGAGAAGUGAUGGUGAUAUGGAACCCGAGCGAAGGGAUCAUUGUAGGAGGGAAGACACCAGAUCAAGGAAGCCAGAUGAUGAUGAAUUUGAACCCAAGACUAGGGAUUCUGAUAGAAGGGAAGAAAAGAGGUACAGGAGACAGGAUGAUGAUUUUGGUAGUAGGUCAAGGGAAGAUCAUGUUAGCAGGGAAGAAAGAAGGUCAAGGCAGCCCAGAGAAUAUGAUUCUGCAUCAAGGUCAAGAGAAGAUUAUGAUAGGAAGCAAGGGGACAGAUCAAACAGAAAUGAUACGGGAAGAUCAGAGCCAAAAGUAAAAUAUGAUCCCGACGGGAGAGAAGAAAAGAGAUCAAGAAGGUAACUAUAUCAGGAUAUGAUCUCUUCCACUUUGUCAUGUGAGAGCAAUGAUGAUCUUCCUUCUGCGUAAGAAGCUUACAACUUCUGUUUUUGAUCAAUUCAUGUUUCUGGAUGGUAGAAAUCAUGCAUCAAGCUACUGAUGUUAAAGAAGCAUUGACACGAAGAUUUAAAUCUCUGAUUUACAUUGUUGUGUCUCAUGUCUUUAGCUUUUCUACUGGUUAUCAGUGAAAAGAGUUCUGGCUGGAGGUAGAACAAGGCUCCAAAUUUAUAGAAUUGUUGUCUACUAGAUACAAAAUUGGGAUAGUUUUGGAGUAUAUUUUUCAUUUCACCAAUGAUAUAUAAAUCUGCUUUAAAUAGAAGAUUAGAGAGUCAAUUUGCUUUCUGAUGAUGCCAAAAUAAAUAAUGCAUUGUACUUAUAUUCACAAUAAAAUAGUGAAGCGUACAAGCUGGGACUUGCAAGAGAUGAAAUGUGAAGGACACACUUCAAAAGAAGUUCUACGGAGGCAGCGAAAGUCAAAUUUGAACAACCUAAGAUGCCAGAUGGUCAUCACUGGUUCUCUUAAAUGGGUUCAUCACUUGUUCUCUUAAAUGGGUCCAUGUGGAUUCUCUCGGCGUGAACCGAAACUUGUGUCUGUACUACUAUCAAUUAUCUUCGUGCUACCAUAAUUAUGUAAAUUUCCAAUUAUACCAUGUUUGUAAGGAAUUAUAUAAACGGAAAUCAUUAUACCAGAAAGUUGUUUGGCAUCA